AUGAGUUUCGGCAUGAUUGUGUGCUCUGCACUCAUGAUAUGGAAGACAUUGAUGGUCGCAACUGGUACCGAGUCACCUGUGGUUGUCGUGUUGAGUGGAAGUAUGGAGCCAUCAUAUUACCGAGGUGAUAUUUUAUUCUUGUACAGAAGAGAUAAGAUCGAUGUGGGAGAUAUUAUUGUGUUCUAACUCGAAAAUGAGGUUAUCCCCAUUGUCCACAGAGUGAUUACGAUUUAGUAGUUGCCUAAUAAAGAGAUCAGAGUAUUGACCAAGGGAGAUAACAAUCCAGUAGAUGAUAGAGGACUAUACCCUAGAGGUCAAUUGUGGAUUAAAGAGAGCUAGAUUAUGGGUCAAGUAGUCGGAAAUGCACCAUAUGUAGGAAUGCUAACAAUCUGGCUAAAUGACUAUCCAAUGUUUAAAUAUGCAGUUAUUGGUUUAAUGUUCUUAACAGUGCUAGUAUCAAAGGAUCCCCAGUGA